AUGACUUUCGAGCACAACCACUCAGAGUCCAUGAAUGGCACGCCGUGGUUCCUCUUUGACUGCACCAUCAAUCUGGACGUGGACUACAAGCGCAUGGCCCUCUUCCUGCUCUACCUCUUCAUCUACAUGGUGGGCCUGCUGGAGAACGCGCUGGUCGUGUGGGUGAACUGGAGCCGGCGCCACUCCGCCAACGGGGUUCUCUUCUGCGUCAUCAAUGUGAGCCUGUCAGACCUGAUGGUGAUUAUGAUCCUGCCCGUCUUCAUCAUGGAGGAGACCAUGGACAAGGUUUGGCUGUGGGGCCGCUUCCUCUGCAAGGUCACACACCUCAUCUACAUGGUCAACUUUUACAGCAGCUCCUUCUUCUUGGCCUGCAUGACCCUGGAGCGCUACAUGUCCCUGACCAGGCCCUCGUCUCCGGCCAUCUUCCCUGUGGUGGGCCGGCGGCGCUGGGUGCUCUGCGGAGGCCUGUGGCUCUUCUCUUUUUUCCUGGCCCUGAUCGAGAACGUCCACGUGGACCUUCUGGAGUGGGACGAGCCCGGCUGCUACAUGAUGCCCGAGCACAACUACAUCGAGUGGUUCGUGAGCGUGGCGUUCCUGUGCUUGAUCUUCCAGUUCAUAGGCCCCGCGGCCGUCAUCAUCACCUGCAACGUGCUGAUUGCUCGAGCGGUUAAAACUGCCCCAGAUGUGCAGGGCCGGCGGGACGUGUGGCUGGUGCACGUGUACUCCCUGGUCUUCAUCAUGUGCUGGCUGCCCUACCACCUGGUGAGGUUCCUGAUGAUCAUCGACAACCUCGACCCCUACCUUUUCAGCUGCAACGGCAUAGAGCUCCUCUACUUCUCCUACAGCGUGGUGCAGUGCCUGUCGCUUUUCCACUGCGUCGCCAACCCCAUCCUCUACAACUUCCUCAGCCAGAGCUUCCGCAACAACCUGAUAAACUCGGUGCUGAAACACAUACCCAGAGAGAUGACUGUGGGGCAGGUGGGAGCGGGAAACCAGGCAGGUGCUACCAACGGGGAAGGCGGCGGCGGCGGCGGCGGUCCGGGGAGGCAGCGCAAGUUGAGUAACGUCAGCACAAGCCAGUCUGAUGUGGGAUCGUAAGAGAGGAGCUGAGGAUGUAGAGUCAAGAACAGAACUAGACCCAGUCUCUGAAAACCAGAGGCAUCAUCUCACUCUGGUCACAGACUCAGACAUUUGUUACACAACAGACGAGUUCACUUUCCUCUUAUAAUCCACUUCCUGUUUUUUUUCAUCAUGUACCUGAUCAGUUUUUAAAAAGGAGGAAGCAGGAAAUGAUUGAUGUCUUUUUUUUUUUUUUUUCCUCAAAGCUGCUUCUGUCCCACAGGAAAACAUGGCGGCACCAGGAAUGUGUUUGUAAACCAGCCUGUCGAAUGAGAGCCGUCCUCAUGUUAACAUCUCCGAGGACCAGUGUCUCAUUUUAAUAGCACACGACGGAGAAAUGUUUCUGUGUCCGGCUGUUGUUGUCUUUGAGUUCUGUUCAAAUGCAAUAAAACUCCCUUCAACACUGUUUGUAUCCAUCUGAGCUGGAAAACCUGAGCGGCAUCUCCAGGGUUUCUGCAGGUUGAAGUUAAAUUUAAAUUUUUUUUUCUAUGUGAAGGUAUGAAGGAAUAUUACAGUUACACUUCCUGAUAUUCGAAGAUAAAGUAGAGGAUGACACCACAUUGACUCUCAAGAGAGACAGUAGUUUUCUUUACCAGUAGUUGUAAUUGUUAUUAGUUCCAUGUUUGUAGUUUUAUUACAGGAUGUUAAUACUGAGAAAGUACUAUGACACAGAAACAAGCUAAACACGACGCCGCCAAAAUAUUUAUCUGAUAACAACAUGAAGGAGGUUGUCCUAAAUGGAUAUUAACAUAAUUAAAACCUACCUUAAUGUAUUUAAUAUGAGAUGUACCUGCUGAGG